AUGGAGCGAGGCAGCUUUAAUAAAUACAUCUACACUUUUCUCCAGGGGAGGAGAAAAAAAAGAAGGGAGGGAAACUGGACAAAAGAAGCACAGAAGGCAGAGGUGAGGAAGAUGGACAGAAGAGACACCCAGCUGGUUUGCUCUUUGCUGUUGUGUAUCAUCACUCAGGUGUGGUGCCAAUUGUGCUCUGGGCCAUGUCAGUGCCCUCCCACCAUGCCGCGCUGCCCUGUUGGCGUUCCUCUGAUGUUAGACAGCUGCGGGUGCUGCCAGGUGUGUGCCAGGCAGGAGGGCGAGGCCUGCACCCACUGGCUGCCCUGUGACACCCAGCGAGGGCUGCAGUGUGACUACAGCGCUAGCUUCCCUGGAGGGCCGGGACAGUGUGUCGGUCUGAAUGAGCUGGGCUGUGAGAUGAAUGGCCGGAGGCUGGAGGAGGGACAGGUAUUUCAACCUUCCUGUGCCCAGCUCUGCCACUGCCUGGGAGGAGGGGUGACCUGCGUGCCCCUGUGCAGUGAUGAUCUGCAGAGGCCUGUCGAUAAAUGCCCCACCCCUCAGCUGGUGCGUCUACCAGGGCGCUGCUGCAAAGAAUGGGUGUGUGAUGGCAUGGACAACAGCAUUUCCACAAAUCCAUCAACAGCAGAGCAGACGCGUCAGGACUACGGGGGUGGGCUGUCCGGUCCAUCGUUUGGCUUGAUCUCCAACUGUAUCGAGUGGACCUCAGACUGGAGCCCCUGCUCCCACAGCUGUGGCCCAGGUGUCUCCACCCGCACCUCAAACAGGAACUGGGCUUGCCGCUUGCAGACCGAGACCAGACUGUGCCAGGUCAGGCCGUGCCAGACACUGCUGCCGGGGCUUCGAAGGCUGCAGCCGGGCUCGGGGGUGUGCGAGAGCAGCUAUAGUUCACCUCUGUCCAUUCAGCUUGAACAGCAGGGCUGCUGGAGCACCAGAGCCUACCGUCCCAGGUUCUGCGCCUUGACCUGUCCGGAGGGGCGCUGCUGCAGCCCCUCCCACACCAGGACGGUGCGGAUGGUUUUCCGUUGCCCCCAAGACAGGCUCACCCAGCAGCAGGUGAUGAUGAUCGAGUCCUGCUCCUGCAGCGUCUCCAACUGCCGCCAGUCCCCGUCCACAGCUGCCCGGAGUGUCCUGCCCUGGCUGUGAGGUGCAUGUGUAUCCAGAAAACAUGGGCAGGUCCCAUCUGUGAGGAAAGUGACCAAAUGUACACACAUGAUAGUUGAGCCAGUGUUUUAAAAUUAUGGGAAUAUUAAAAUCAGGAUGGGAAACUUGACAUUUGACAAUCGCUUUUGAGUAUCCAGAUGUGCAAAUACGUAUGAGCACUCACAUUUGAAAGCAUGUACUAAGAUUUAUGCAGUAAUCUGUAUCCAGAUUUAAAUCCAAGCAAA